GCCAUCAUCGAAUUCGAAGCCAGAUCGAGUCAUCCGUCUCUCAAUCUGCAACUUCAUGUUUUUAUGUUUCUGUUACCGUCUAUCUUCGUAGCAUCGUGCUCAGCUUAAAGUUUUAAUUGUGAUUUGCAGUUGGCAAGUGCUGAAGAAUCUGAAAGUUGAUAGCAUUCAUAAGGUUUUACUCAUUGGAAACAUGUUUCUCACGGACACAUUCCAUUUUGAAUUUUGCAGAUAUAUAGCUGUGGGAAAUGAGCCAUUCCUCACGAGCUACUCUGGCCAAUUCCAAACAUAUGUCAUGCCUGCAUUGCUAAACCUCCAACAGUCUCUAACCAAGGCUAAUCUCGCUGGAUAUGUGAGGCUAGUCGUCCCUUGCAAUGCUGAUGCAUACGAGUCUCCUUCUCUCCCUUCCCAAGGAGCAUUCCGUCCAGAGCUCACUCAGAUCAUCACUCAACUUGUCUCUUUCCUCAACUCCAAUGGCGCUCCCUUUAUAGUCAACAUCUACCCAUUUCUCAGUCUCUACGGCAACUCAGAUUUCCCCCAAGACUAUGCCUUCUUCGAGGGGACCACCCAUGCUGUCACUGAUGGACCUAAUGUCUACACCAAUGCCUUUGAUGGCAACUUCGACACCUUAGUGUCGGCACUCACCAAACUCGGGUAUGGCCAAAUGCCUAUUGUCAUUGGAGAGGUAGGGUGGCCAAGUGAUGGAGCUCCUGGUGCAAAUCUCACUGCUGCAAAAGUAUUCAAUCAAGGGUUGAUCAACCAUGUUGUGGGAAACAAAGGUACCCCUCUUAGACCCGGUUCGCCUCCCAUGGAUGUCUAUAUCUUCGGUCUACUCGAUGAAGGUGCCAAGAGCGUGCUUCCUGGGAACUUCGAGAGGCACUGGGGGAUCUUCUCAUUCGAUGGUCAAGCUAAGUAUGCCUUGAAUCUAGGCCAGGGAAACAAGAAUCUGAAGAAUGCAGAGAAUGUUGAGUACCUUCCUUCGAGGUGGUGUGUGGUGGAUUCGUCGAAAGACUUGACUAAUGUGGCAAACCACAUGAGGAUCGCUUGUAGUGUUGCCGAUUGCACGACGCUAAACUAUGGAGGGUCGUGCAACGAGAUUGGGGUGAAGGGGAAUAUUUCCUACGCAUUUAAUAGUUUCUACCAGUUGAAGAUGCAGGACGAGAGGAGUUGUGAUUUUGACGGCCUUGGUAUGGUGACUUUCUUGGACCCUUCUGUUGGUGAGUGUAGGUUUCUUGUUGGUGUUACCGAGACCAAAGGUUCUUCAUCGUCGAAAUCAUCUUCGAGUUUUAUCGGGUCUCGUAGAUGGAUGAUAAGUAUUACAGUAUUGUUCAUCUGGGCAGUCCAGUUGUUUAUGAUGUGAGAAACUAAGUUUUGUGAGUGGAUUUUGGUUGUUCCCCCUCUUACAGAACUUGGUAGCUAGAGAUAGGGAGAAGCGAGAAGGAUAAAAGGAGAGAACUUUAGUUUUAGUAGGUACAUAUAUUAACAUUAAAAAUGAUUGCAGGGUGUUACUAUAUUGAUAGUGCGAAUGUUCACUGUUGUAGGAAAAAAGGAAAGGAGCAAACAUACUCAUUGUGUAUUCUAUGAAUUACUAUGCAUUGAAAUCAUUUUAGUCGUAGUUAUUUUUGUUCCUCUCAGGAAGCUGCUUUUACCAGUCUCCUUUCUACUCGAUGGAGGUACUUGUGGUGCUUGUUCCUCAUAUAGACUUCAGUGUCUCAUUCUUCCCAUUUAGGUUACUGUAUUACCUACGUGUAUGCUUAACGUACAAAUAUGUAAGACAGUGGUCGUUCGAUUAUAUAGAGGCAACAGUUUGGAGUUCAGAUUUCAGCUUGGCUUGACUAAGAAGGAUAAGCGUUUUUGUUGAUUGGUGGGUCAAGUUUGCUUUAUAUAAGCAAGUCAAGAAGCUGGAGUUGAACUUGAAUUUACCACAUGAAAGAUGUAACAACUUCUAUCAGAAAAAGUUGUAUGCUUUUGGAGUAGGUGCUGUGAAGUGAACCAAGCUACUCCUCAUGGUUCAUCAACACCAGUUUACAGGUGAUCCCUACGUCAGUUUAAGUCGCUCACAUCUCUAUGUUUGAGAUCUGUCAGUAUAGGUAGGGAUGUUUCAGAUGGUAUUCUGUUAAAUUGUCCGGUUCUUGAGAUGCCAACAUUGCAGCACGUGAAUGACUUGGAGUAUGUAAAAGUUCUUGAGGUUGAAGCAUUUGGUAAAAAUAUCAAGGGGUCCUUUUUCAUGAAGAACCUACCACACUUGAUUGACCUUUCAUUUCCAACCUUUUGAAGUUGACGUAUGAGUUUCAUGCGUUGUCUUCCUAUCUUGGCCAGCUGGAGCGUUUGUGGAUAAUUGUUUUAUCACAUACGUCUGGUUAGUGUUCCAACUGGUUCCUAGUUUGAUUUGGCUUUCUGGGUUCAGCUUCCAAUUAGGACCUUAGCUAAGAUGAUAUUGUGCAGAAUGAUGAGGAGAUUCAACCAAUCUAUAAAUUAAGCAAUCUCCUAGAACUGGAAAUAGCACAUUCGUUGUGAUUAUACUCUCGAAAAUCUGAUUCAUGCUCCCCUUCCCCACAGGAAAACCAGUCUUUUGCCUGCAGCAACUCCAUCUCCCUCCCCUCUUCCUCAUUCUCUUCAAACCUUGAAUAAAGGAAUCAGAAAUGACAGCUACUAAAGCUUCCUCUCCACUUUCUAUGAACUGUGAAAGUCUAGACAAGAAAUGGAGUAUAAACAAACUGAUUGUGU